ACUUAUUAAGUGUGUUAAACAACAAUUGUAAAAUGGCAGUAGUGAAGAAUGACAUUGAACUACCGAGCAAUAUUCCAGAAUUCGUAAUGGAAAAACAUGCAAACUAUCUCAUUUCAUAUGGGACCAACAAAGAUGAAUAUAAUUAUUCUCAGACUGAACACAUGAGGAUGUCUGGCAUGUACUGGGGUCUCACAGCUCUAGAUUUAAUGGGAAAAUUAGAGCAAACCAAUAAGGAAGAAGUAUUAGAAUUUAUUGGACAGUGUCAAAAUGAUAGUGGUGGCAUCGGUGCCAGCUUGCAACACGAUCCACAUUUACUGUAUACACUGAGUGCUGUUCAAAUACUGUGUAUGUACGAUGCGUUGGAUGUAAUUAAUGUUGAUAAAGUUGUAAAUUAUGUCAAAGAGAGGCAACAGGCUGAUGGAAGUUUUAUGGGUGAUCAAUGGGGUGAGGUCGACGUCAGAUUUUCAUUCUGCGCUGUCGCCACUUUAUCACUUUUGAAUCGGUUGGAUGCGAUAGAUGUCGAGAAAGCUGUGCAGUUUGUAUUGAGAUCUAUGAAUUUUGAUGGAGGAUUUGGUUCGAAACCAGGAUCCGAGAGUCAUGCAGGUUUAAUUUAUUGCUGCGUAGGAUUGCUUUCGAUAACAGGGCAUUUACAUUUGAUAGAUGCUGAUCGCUUGGGGUGGUGGUUAUGCGAGAGACAGUUACCUUCUGGUGGUUUAAACGGUCGACCCGAAAAAUUGCCAGAUGUGUGCUAUUCUUGGUGGGUGCUGUCGGCGCUAACAAUUUUAGGCCGUCUACAUUGGAUAGAUAAAAAAGGUUUGGUAAAAUAUAUUUUGACUUGUCAAGACAUGGAAACCGGCGGUUUUAGCGAUCGACCUGGAGAUAUGGUUGAUCCUUUUCAUACUUUAUUUGGGCUCACCGCAUUAUCAAUGUUAGACAAGGAUUUCGCGCUGAAACCAAUAAAUCCUACCUAUUGUAUGCCAGAGUAUAUAAUCGAUCGCUUAGGUCUCAAGCCGUCGCGGCUCGAUGUGUGAUUACACACCUCUAUGUUGUACAUUGUCUCGUUUGCACUUUCAGUAAAUAUAUGAUUAUAGGUUUUUUAUAAACCGUA